AUGGAUGCAGAGAAUCUAUGGAAGCAUUACUAUCGAUCUCCCAAUGGCACAUGGACUCAGCAUGCCAUCGGGCCAGUACCCAGUCCUCGACGCGGCCGUCUAGCCAUCAGCAGAGCUGGUGACCUCUUCCUAGUCCUCCCCAACCCGGCCAAUUCAUCUCUCCGUAUCCUCAAGUCAUUAAAAGAAAAAAGCUACGCUGAGUCAGUAGAAGUCUGGAGUGGUGUUGGCUUCAUCGGCGAGCCGCUUGUGGACAUCAAAAGGUUCGAGGACGAAGAUGUGCUGUCCAUCUUUGCCAUCGCCCAGUCGGCGACCUCAUCCGUAGACCGUCAAGUUGUCGUUCUUGACUUUCAGACCUAG